AUGUCCUUCAAACCCCUUGAUAUUCUCUCACGACUCGCCGUCCCCGUAGGUGUAGCCAUCACGCUAGGCCAAUCGGCCAUGUACGACGUGGAGGGCGGAAAAAGAGCGGUCAUUUUCGACAGAUUGAAGGGUGUUCAAUCAACCGUAAUUGGUGAAGGUACCCACUUCAAGAUCCCCUGGUUGCAGAAAGCAAUCAUCUACGAUGUCCGCACAAAGCCGAAAACCAUCGCCACCACCACCGGCUCCAAAGAUUUGCAGAGUGUGCUGUUGACGCUUAGAGUGUUGCACAGACCAGAGGUCCAGAACUUGCCCACUAUUUACCAGACUCUUGGCUUGGACUAUGACGAGAGAGUGUUGCCCGCCAUCGGUAACGAGAUUCUCAAGAGUAUUGUGGCUCAAUUCGAUGCGCUGGAGCUCAUCACACAAAGAGAAGUGGUCUCCGCGCGGAUCCGCCAGGAACUCUCGCGCAGAGCGGGCGAGUUCAACAUCCGUUUGGAGGACGUCUCUAUCACACACAUGACCUUCGGUAAGGAGUUCACCAAGGCCGUUGAGCAGAAGAAAAUCGCCCAACAAGACGCCGAGAGAGCCAAGUACUUGGUCGAGAGAGCAGAGCAGUACCGUCGUGCUGCUGUCAUUCGUGCUGAAGGUGAGGCCGAGGCUGCUGAGACCGUCUCCAAGGCUUUGGCCAAGGCUGGUGAUGGCUUGUUGAUGAUUAGACGUUUGGAAGCUUCCAAGGAUAUUGCACAGACUCUUGCCGGUGCUCCUAACGUGUCGUACGUGCCCUCUGGCCAGGGCGGAGACAGCAAGACCAACUUGCUUUUGAAUGUAGGUCGUUAA